CUUUUUGAAACUCAUUCACGAAAGUUAUGAAUAAGAAGAUACGUAAAGAAGAUUGAUUAGAUACACAAAUAUAUGCAAACCAAAACAGAAUCAUCCAAAAUUUCAAAAACAUUGAACACAUUUAAUAGCCAUAGCUAUGUCGCCGAUCAGUGACCGCCGUGAUGGCGGUGGUGAUGGCGACGCCAUUCUCCACUCAUGGAAAUUAGAUCUUGACAGGUUCCGUCUUCCUCAGGAAAGAAGCGCUGGUACUGUUAGAAAAAAAAGAAGGGUUAGAGAGUAUUACAAGACACAAGAAAGGCUUCUGGAAGGGUACAAUGAGAUGGAAACAAUGAGUGAAUCAGGUUGCUUCCCUGAAUCUGCAACUGAGGAUGAAAUGAAGCAGCUGGCGAAAAGCGAAAGGAUGGCAGUUCAUAUAUCAAAUGCAGCAAAUCUGUUGCUAUUUGCAGCCAAGGUUUUUGCUUCAAUGGAAAGCAGAUCAUUAGCCGUAAUCGCCUCAACUCUCGACUCCCUCUUGGAUCUGCUCUCAGGUUUCAUUUUAUGGUUCACUUCCAAUGCCAUGAGAAACCCCAAUCACUUUCAUUACCCCAUCGGGAAGAACCGUAUGCAACCUGUCGGUAUCAUUGUUUUCGCAUCCGCCAUGGCAACUCUUGGUUUACAGAUUCUGCUCGAGUCUGGUCGUCAGCUUAUCUCUAAGGCCGGACCAGAAAUGAAUAAAGAGCAGGAGAAAUGGAUGAUCGGAAUAAUGGUGUCUGUGACUGUGGUGAAGUUUAUGCUCAUGAUUUAUUGCAGGAGAUUCAAGAAUGAAAUUGUCAGAACCUAUGCUCAAGACCAUUUCUUUGAUGUCAUUACUAAUUCUGUCGGUCUAGUUACCGCAGUUCUAGCUGUCCGAUACUACUGGUGGAUCGAUCCUACGGGUGCUAUUAUAAUAGCAGUGUACACAAUUAGUACAUGGGCCAGAACAGUUUUAGAGAAUGUGAGAUCGCUAAUUGGAAGAACAGCUCCACCUGAAUUUCUCGCAAAAUUAACGUAUCUGGUAUGGAAUCACCACGAAGAGAUCAAACAAAUCGACACAGUACGAGCUUACACUUUCGGAUCUCAUUACUUUGUGGAGGUUGAUAUAGUGUUGCCAGAAGACAUGCUCUUAAACCAAGCUCAUAACAUUGGUGAAAAUCUUCAGGAGAAGCUUGAACACCUCACGGAAGUUGAGCGUGCUUUUGUCCAUAUCGAUUUCGAGUACACUCAUCGCCCUGAACACAAAUCCAGGGCCUAACAAGUCAUCGAAGAAGCUCACACUUCUCAUGUUUGUUCAUACUGUUAACAUUAACACUUUUUUGAGUUCUCUGUACUUGUCCUGUUUUUAGAAUUGGAUCCUUCUACUUCUAUUUGUCAAAA